AUGUCUAUCAGGACAAUAUUCGGGCCAGAUUGCCCUGGACGAUGCAAGCAAGGAACGCUCGCAACAGAUAACCGAGGAAAUAAAAAGAUGAAUGAAAGCCGCUCUGAAAAAGAACUCUUGGAAAUAAAUGAGAUUAUACGGUGGAUUGUUUACGGCAAGGAUCUCCUCACACCAAAGCAGAUGUUAGCAGCUCUAUAUAUACGAAAUGGAGAGACAUCGUUGCUGCCCCUUGAGCAGAAAUUUAAGAUAAAAUAUCCACUGUUCGAAGUGGAUAGGAACGGCAAGGUCGAUUUCCGAUCUUCUGAGAUUGAACGUUACAUUCCGCUGAAAAAGACCACCCACGACUUGGAGGAUUCGUAUAGCAAAGAGGCAGUACAAGCCGCAGAAGUUGCCAUGGUCAAACACUUCCUUCUCACGGUGUGCCCCUCAGAGGUUUACACCAAGCUGAAGUUUGACGCCUACCUCGCGCAACUGUCAAAGCCCAAGGGUAGACGUAUCAACAAGGAUGAACCGCAUACGGGCGAGACAAAGAUGGCCUUGACCUGUUUAGACGUCUUGACAGAAAAGACUGAUCGAAAACGAACACGACUCCUUACUUACGCACGAAAAUACCUCAUAAAUCAUUUGUCAACUGUUGAUCUAGCGCUGGCAGAUAUCGCUUGCAAAAGCGCAGUGGGUGUACUCUUGGCAAAAUUGUUUACUGAGGGCAGUUCAAUCGAUAUCUUGCUACAUUGUGCUGAGUCUGUUGAUGAUCCUAAUCUUCGAUAUAAGAUUCGACGUUAUUGGCUUUACAGUAAUGACAGUGUUAAUACCAUCCUCAGAUGGUUUGGAGACUCUGCUGUUACCUCCGAGAUUACCGACACGGCAACACGGGCUUGGGUGGCGAGUGUGGCCUCAGAAGCAGAGUCUGAUGAAGACCUAAUGAGACCUGCUGCAGAGAGAAUGGCAGUGCAUUUCCUGCAAGAGGCGCAUUCAGAAUCAUUCACAAAGGACGCGUUCCUCUUCAUUGCAGGCUUCGUAAAUAAGGUAAGUAGCGCUCUCUUGAAUCAGCUCGAAAUACUAGCCGAGCCUUAG